AUGACUAUCCCACGAACGCCAAUAAAUAAUUUAAAUGGUGAAAGUAGUGAAACAGAAGAUCCAGCUGAUGAAACUGAAGAGAUACAGCAGGAAGAAAACAACCAGAAUAUAACCAAAGAGUUUUCCAACAUAAUAAUCAAUAGUGAAGAUGAUACUUUUCAUGAAUUUGAUCAAUCUCAGAUCAUUAGAUCUACUGCCUUUAGUAAUAACUUUGAAACUUCUCAAACUAAUAACACAAUUUGUCCUCAACCUUCAAAAUUUAGUCUUAAAAUCAUUGUCGAAUUUGAGAGUCGUCAUUAUUAUUCUGCUGAUAGCCAGUUGUUGAUGAGUGUCCGAAUUGUUGAUAUAUUUGGAAAUUUAAGUGAACAAAGUUUAGAUUUUUUGGAUUCAGAGAGUAUGGAAGAGCUUCAUGAAAGCACAAGAACAGUUGUGAACAAGUCACAAUAUACACUGCAUCAAGACGAAGCCUCAAAUGACGCUAAUGAUCACAAAGAAUAUCUAAAAACAAAGGCAAUUUCAAAUGCACCACGAAGCUUUAAGGACGAAAGAGAAAGUUUUAAACCCAUUGACACAGUGAAACUCGAGCGUAGGGUGUAUACCUGUAAAAAAGAGUUGGCAAAGCGGGGAUUCUACCAUUUUGAUUACGAUAUUAUGCCUUGUGAUUUAGAUGAUAUGAAAGCUGAUGAUUCAAUAGAUGAAUUGGUGUGCAAGAUUUGUAUGAUGGAAAAAAUCAACAUUGUUCUGUUACCCUGUAAACAUGUUCUAGGCUUCAACUGUUGUGCAAAAUUAUCGGACUGUCCAUAUUGCCAUGAAAAAAUUCAAAAUAAGAAAAAAAUUGUUUUUCAUAAUACGUAG